AUGAAGAAAAUUUACAGGAAACUUAUAACACGUGAAAUCUCUACUGGGCGUCACAAAGUACGCAUGUGUAUGGAGCAAUAUGAUCGAAUUUUGCGCUGUUAUCGAGAACCAAACAGUCCUGUAGACAUACAGCACUAUCGGCCGAUGGUACAUGAGGAUGAACGAACUAACUGGAAUGAACAUAUACUUGCAAUGUGUAACAAUCAGGCUUUUGUUGUGUUCACUCGAGUUAAUGGUGUUCUCUUGUCACAAGCAGAAAUAGCUAAACAGCUACACUUGGUCGUAAAACUUAGCAAAAGUCAAGAUACGACAAAAAGUAUGAUUAUUGCCGGUGGUAGCGUUGGUGACCGGGAUGAUUCUGCUAAAUUUUGGUGCAUAAUGAAUGAAGGCAAGUUGUCAAAAAGACUGAACAAGUAA